UCCCCAGUAUCGUAUCGUAUUGCAGAUUUUGAAACAAGGAAGAAGCAUCGAAAGUCAAUCACGGGAUCAUUCGUUAUUCGCAUCGCGAAACUCUCCGACUCGAAACGGGGUUUGGUCCGGUUUUCAUCAUCGCUUAUACAACACCCAGAAGAGAUAUCGAAAUUGCUCCGGCAUAAGCCCGUAAGCCAAAGUCAAGUCCCCGGCCUACCUGCCGGCCGUAAACACAAAACAUCAUGCCGGCUCCCACCCUGGCAGACAUUGUCUUUUCGGAGCAAGCCAACCACAACUUCUCCAAGAUCCUGGGAGAUCUCAAGAAGUCGAAUCUCUCCAUCACCAAUCGGCUCAAGUCCAUACAGCACGAUGCCGCCUUUGUGCAGGAAGUAGCUGAUGUCCUCGGCCUGCCGCUCGUGGCCAAUGAACGAUGCGGAAGCUGGUAUAUUGAUCCCCAACUCAAGAGGUCGUCUGCUUACUUUAAGAGCACCGAUGGGCAUACGGGCCAGUGGAAGUUCAGCACGAGGAGGUUGAACUUUCAUCUUUUGGAGGUCAUUGGAAGACAUGAUGGAUGCAUCAUCGUAGACUCAACCCGGCGCGGAAAGCGCAUGCCCGACGCCCUAAGCAAAACAAUCCCAAUCUGGUGCACCGUCCUCAACCAAGCCCUCUUCCCCUCCCACCCCUCCUCCUCUCACACCCUCCACGUUCCCCCAACCGUAGUCUCCGACUCCGAACGUUCCCAAAUGUCCUCCCACCUCCCCCUUUUCCUUACCUCCCUCCUCGCCCUCCAACCCGACAUCCCCUCCCUCCGCCACCACAUCCAAAAACCUCUCCGUCCCCUCUGGGUAACCCCAGAUGACGAACUGACUCCCGAAAUGGUCGACGAGAUCAAGACUGCCUACCACCCGGUCGUCUGCUGCACCAGCUCCCGCCGGGUGGUAGGCACGGAGAUGAGUGAGGAGGGGUACAUCCAGGGCGCGGGCGACGACACGGAGAACUGGGCGCAUGGACUGACGGCGCCGCUGUUUUGGGGGAACCAGAGGCAGCUUUUGGGGACGCCCGAGGGGGAUUUGCCCGGCUUGAUAGAGAUGCUGGUUGCGAAUUCGGAGGCGGGCGGACAAGCGGUGGGGGAGUUGAAGAGGGUUGCGCCGAGACUGUUGGUGGGUGCGUUAUCAGCUGAGAAGACGCUGGCUUCUUCCCAAGGAAAGGAGGUUUGUGUGGUUACUCUGGUGCCGAAGACGACGGAAAAGGAGACGUGGGAGAAGUCGAAGAGGCAUAUGGAGGUUGGGUUGGGGAAGAGUAAGACUGCAAGCCGGUUUUUGAGGGAGGCGUUGCCGAGUAUUUGCGAGUUUGUCUCGCGGUUCCUGCAAGCGCCCGAGACUACGGACGGGAAAGCAAACAAAGAGGUGGUGAUCCUGUGCGAGUCCGGCAGGGACUUGUCGGUUGGAGUGGCACUGGCUCUUUACUGCUGGUGCUUCGUCGACUCGGCUGGGACCAUCAGGUCUGCUGCAGUGGACCAGGAGCAGAAUCACAACAAGGCUUCCAUUAGGGUGAAGCUGGGUCAUAUCAUGACAGCGUUUCCCGAUGCCAACCCGAGCAGGGCGAGUCUUCAGAGUGUGAACAGCUUCCUGAUGGACUGGCGGAAAUGAAAAGGUCGCCCUUCUCUAUCGCCGCCAAAAACCCCUCAAACUGGUUCCAAUCAUUCAUGAUAAUGGACGCACCCGCCUGCGCCAGGACCUUCUCCAUCUUAAGUCGUUCCUCGGCCUUGUAGG